AUCAGAAAAUAGCACUAUUGUAUCUGGGUAAGAUUUAACGCAAUAACCAAUGAAAAAAAAGCAUCCUGGAAUUGUUCAUGUGAUUCUGCUACAACGUCUUCAGAAAGUUUCGUUCAUCCACAGAGCAAACCACUGGAGCUCAAGCAUCACUUUGAGCACAGAACUUGAUCUAAAUCCUUCUGAACAAAACUCCUACACGUUCGAUCUACUGAGAAACCAGAUACACCAAUAACUACCACAGCCAGCCUGACUGAGUGACCAUCACAAGGCCCUCUGGAGAAAUAAACAUGAGUGUCUGCAGUGACAAGGUUGCUGGUAUUCUCAUGCUUUGCUUCUUUGGCCUGUGUUCAGCCAGUAAAGUGGGUCUGGGUGGCAAGGUCCUGGUCUUCCCUUCCGAGACAGACUUCAGCUUUGUGACCCUGAUCACCCAGAAGAAGAUGGAGCUGCGCUCGUUCACGCUGUGCAUGCGCGUUGCCACGGAGCUGCAGGGCGAGCGCGAGAUCAUCCUCUUCGCCUACCGCACCUCAGCCUACGACGAGCUCAACGUGUGGCGGAUAUCCUUUUACAUGAGCGAGGGCGGCGUCCUCUUCCACCUGCCACCCCUCUCCACCAUCCGCACCAGCCUCUGCGUCACCUGGGAGUCCAGCUCUGGGCUGUCGGCCUUCUGGGUGGACGGCCGGCGCAGCACCUACCAGGUGUACAAGCCCGGCCACAAAGUGAGGCCCAAGGGCACCGUCCUCCUUGGGCAGGACCCAGACAAGCACCUGGGGAACUUCGAAGCUGCGCAGAGCUUCGUGGGGGAGGUGAUCGAUGUCAACAUGUGGGACUACGUGCGCCACAGGAGCCAGGUCCAAGCCUGGCACCACGGCCACCUUGUCCCCAAGGGCAACAUCUUUGACUGGGCCACCAUAGAGUACCAGCUGAAUGAGAAAGUGAUGGUGGUGGAUGAUGUCUGACCUGGGGGCAGGGGUGGGGGGGGAGAAAGGUGUAGUGUUUGAUUCCGCUAUGUCCUUGGGGCAUCACUCUAAACAAGUAGUUAGAAACUGUUUUUUCCAACUGAGGAAUAUUUCCUAAUUAAGAAAAGUAGUGUCCAAGGGUGAACUGGAGAUGAUUAUUCAUGCUUUUAUUUCUUCUCGAUUAUAUUAUUGUAAUAGUCUUUAACCUAUUCUCAUGUAUAUGAAUAA